AGCACGUGUGUUAAUUGAAACAAACAAACACUGUAACUGUUCGGUAUGUAGCGGACCUGGAAAAAGGGAGAUAAUGCUGCUUCCUGACAGUUGAGUUGCCUCCACGGAUGAAUGGAGUAGGCCUAGAACCAUGUGGAGGAUUUCAACGUUCACAUCCACAUUUAUAAAACAAGCAAUAUUCAAAGAGAUGAUAGGGCCAGGUGCCUUACUUAACAUCAACUUCAGUCAUAAAUCUAGUUCUCUUCCUCUUCUCACGCUCUAUACAAAGGAUGACUGCAGUCUCUGUGAAACAGCUAUGGCGGUAGUUAACAAGUAUAAGCACAGGUUCAAAUUUGAAGAAGUUGACAUCGAAGCCAAGGGAAACAAAAUCUGGUUUGAGAAAUACCGCUAUGAUAUUCCAGUUUUUCACCUCAAUGGUCAAUUUUUGAUGAAGCACAGAGCAGAUGAAAAACUUUUUGUGAAGUCAUUAGAACUAUAUGAACAAGGAAAACCCACCUGAAUGCCAAUAUAUUGGUGAAACAUUAUUUCGAAGAAUAUUAUUUCUGAAUGAGAUAAAUAUUAGAGACCUUGUAUGCAAAUACCACAUGGUCUGAAAGCAUGCCAACGCAAAAAAUAUAACAUGUCUUUGCUUACAAUACAUAAAUAAAGUACAAUAGUGUAAAUAUAUUCUUUGGUCUUUUUCAGCAAGUGGUAGACUUUUAUGCACAUCCUGUUAAUUUUUUGUUUCAGGGGCAAGUCAGUUAAUAAGUUUGCAAUUGACAGGUGAUUUCUUGAGCCUGACCGUGUAAACUCUGGGGUGAGCUGAUGUCUUUGAGGUAGUGAGUCAUUAAUCUUUCCGAAUAUUUUUCAAUUAAAGAUUUCUACAGUAAAAACUGACCUGUGUGUUUUAUUGUUGUUUAUAAUUUUUUGAUAAUAGUUUUACAGAUUUUUAGUAGUUUUAUUGUUGUUUAUAAUUUGAUAAUAGUUUUACAGAUUUUAGUAGGCAUUAUGAAACAGAUCUGUCAUACACACUAUUAACACCCUAUUACAUUUUCAAUAAUGCACUAUACCCAGUACUAUUGUAUCAUCAACCAUAUGCUUCUUGCAAAGGGAGCAGUUUUUCCAGCAUUGUUCUAGCAUUGUUCUUUGUUCGUACCACCUAAGAUGAGGUCUGCAAUUGUGCCUGGGUAGAAGCAGGUGGUUGACUCUGAGAUCCUGCACGGUUUGCCACCGUUAUUUUUGAUUAUUUUUCUCAUUUCUCAAUUUAAUUAUACCUGUAUAUAAAAUGUAUAUAAAAUGUAUAAAUAAAAAUGUAGUAGUGAGAGUGGUAGUAAUAUAAUAGGAAGUGUUAAGCGCAGGAGCAUAGAUAUGCGCUACUGUAUAUUAUAUACCAUUAAUAAUAUAUUAUUUUGCAACACACAAAAAUUCAAGGUUCGACUAUAAUUUAUCAGCCUGAUUCAUGAGGUUUAAUCACAUCAUAGCACAAAUAUAUGUUUGCAUAGCAUGUCUGUAAUAAAUAUUUACUACUACAACACUUCAUAGAGAAUUAGAUCAAGAGAAUUGUUGCAUUGAUUUCUUAAACCUAAAAAAUAAUUGCGUUAACAUUAACUAUACAAUACUUUUAUCAGGUGGCAAUGUAAUUUAUUCUCAGGUGAAUUUUCAAACCUACUGGCCACAAGUAUGGGCAACAAAUGUUAAAAGUGCAACAGAUAUGUAAUAAUAAUAAGUACAGUGUUAUUGACCUUUCCACCUCAAUAUCUAAGUACAGUUAAGCUUGCCUAAGUCGACCUUAUUUUACAUGCCAAAUUGUUGUUUAUCUAAGUCAAACAAUUUUUCAAUGCUAUUUUGGAUUCGACUUAGGCAAGUUCAACUGUACAGUAUUACAUUUUAAAUUGACCAGUACAAUCACACACAGCUAUUAUACUAUGCAAGAUGGGACGAUUUGAAAUGUUACGGAACGAUGCUUUGAUUUCAAUCCCAUCUAUAGAGACUGAGAUAUCUGUAUAAGCAUACAGUAUUGUGAACACCCCCACAUGAAUGAGUGGAUCAGUCAGCCUUUACACAACUGUGCUACCAACCAUGCAUAAUUUGAAAAUAAACAAUUAA